UUGCUAUGUGUGACUGAAAGGGCGUGAGUGUGAACAAGGCCUUGAUUUCGGGUGCCUGUGAGACUGGCCGACUGUACAUUUGAGUGGGUGUAUGUUUGUGUGUGCGUAUGUACGUGGUGGGGGCCGUUAGGUCUGCACCUGCACUAGCACCGCAUGCCGGCCGGCCUCAGUGUUGUCCGGUGUGCUGUCCGCCCUCCACCUCCUCCACAACCCGCUCCACCACGUCCACCGCCUCCACCACGGCUCCGCCGCCGGCGCACUCACGCCUCCCCCCUCCCCCGGUACUCUACAAAUGGAUCAUCCAAUGCAGGGCGGUCGUCUGCAACAACAUCGAAGUCGAGGCAGGGGGCGGAAGAGCAAACACUGACGAAGUGUCGGAUCUGCUGAAGAAGGAGCAUGAAGGAAGGGACACGACCCGACCCGGAAAUAAGACGGAGACGGGGAGGACUCACUGGUUGCGAUGUUGGGCCGAGUAAUGCUAGUUCUGCUAAUUAUUAUAAUCAUCAUCAGCUGUGGGGGUCCAUUGUGAUAUUCUGGACGUUAUGACUCAGUUAUAAUGUCAUCAGCUGUGGGGACCAGCUGUGAUAUUUUGGAUAUUAUAC